CUGGGAGUCGCCACCACCAUGAAACGCAUCGAAGAUUCUCUGCCCACCUUUUCCCGAUGGCUUUCCAACACCGGAUCACCUCUCGUCGUCCUGUUAGUCGACCAGACCGACCUGAAAAAUGUCGAAGAGGACAUCCUCCGCACGCAAGCCCAGGCCGAGGCACUUGCCAUCGAGCUCAUCUUCGAGCCCUAUCACCACACAUUCGAGCACGACAGCGAGGGACUCAAGAAUUUCGGUCUCGCCACUGUUCUCGACAAGAAUCGACGCGAGGAGACCAGGUGGUUUGGCAUCAUCGAUGACGACACCUUCUUCCUCUCGCUGCAGCGCAUGCUCGAGAACCUCGCUCCCUACUCCCCGGAAUCGCCCUGGUAUAUUGGAGCUCUCACCGAAGGCCACACCAGAGUCGCCAAGGAAGGAUUCAAAGCAUGGGGUGGCGCCGGCUUCUUCAUCUCUCCGCCCCUGAUGCGCACUCUGGCCGAGCAUGCCAUUGAGUGCACGCGCUUGGAUCAGUUCUUUGGCGAUCUCCUCUGGCGUGACUGCAUUCAAGACGUCACCUCGCCCACCGUGCACUUGACCGAGAUGCGUGGUCUGAAUCAAAUCGACAUGUGGCACGACAUCUCGGGAUGGUAUGAGGCCGGCUUCAAUCCCAUCCUCACCGUGCAUCACUGGAAGAGCUGGCACUUCUACCCCGUCGCCGUGGGUCACAUCGUGGCCGAUGUCGCUGGUCCAGAUUCUUUUCUCCAACGCUACCAGUUUGGUAACCAAACCGUCUUUACCAAUGGUUUCAGCAUCGCCGAAUAUCCCCAUGGCAUGCCAGACUUGAAUCUGGUCGAAUUGACCAUGACAGAGGACGUCAACGUCGUCCGUGCACCACCGCAGCUGGAAUUUCAUCACAGCAUGGGCCAUACUCGACCUGCUCUGGAACUGGGACAGGACAAGAUUCAGUGGAGAUUUGAGUAUGCAGUCCAGACUUCGGACGGUAUCGUGAGGCAGUUUUACACGAAACGAAUGAAUGAUGAUCGAGAUGUCAGCAUUAUCGAGAUUGACUGGCGGCAUACGUGAUUUGCUGCCAUUCCGCCACGGAAGAGAAAAGACGAAGGAAUUAAAACUCGCCACGCGGCACUAUGAAUUGUACUCUGUGUCUCCACCAGAGACGACUACGACAACAGAAGAGGCUGCUUUCGGAGCCAAAAAACACUCUCUCUUGGGCUCUCGAACCGCGAUGCCAGUCUCACCCACACACGUCAUUCACGACAAUGUCAGAGCUAUAGGCGAUAAAGAAUACGGAGACGGAAGUGUAUUUCUGGGCUGGUUCCGAGAAUUCAUAAAUCUGCCUCCAUGAAUGCCAAAUCAGUCAGCUCUAUAGGAUGAAGGAAGAGCAGAAAGGGAAUGUGAGAGAGGCGAGAAUUUAAAGUCUACGGCAAGAUGAUGUUGAUUUGAGAAUUGCCAAGUCGAGAGGGAUGUGCGAAUGUGCGCAUGUGUGAGUGUCUGUUGUGGGCUUGUAUGUUUACGUGGAAGAGAGAGAGAGAGAGAGAGAGAGAGAGAU